UCAUCAUAAAUUUCUAAAUUCUUAAUUCUCUGUUUUUUAAUUUUAUUUCUAAAAUUUCUCUUUUGUAUAGAUUCUUCAUCAUUCUGUGUCAGUGGCUCACAUCCUCUGAUUAAACCAAAACGCACACACGAAGAAGGCAAAAUCAAAGAAAAACCUAUGAGAGAAGAGGAAAAUACUAAAGGGGAAAGCAGCUCAGUAUAAGUUGUGUGUAAAAGCAAGAAGAAGAACCGAAACGAAUAUUUCACAUUUUCAUCUCAAGAUUCUGUAUCUGUAGCUGCUGUUGUUGUCUGGGUACUGACUGAUUCGGGACUUGCUUUUUUAUUUUAUUUUGAGAUUGGCAAAAUGGUUUUGGGUUUAAGCUCCAAGAACAGAAGAGGCUCAUCGACGAUACAAGUUGAUUACCUGAUCCACAUUCAUGACAUCAAGCCUUGGCCACCUUCUCAGUCCCUUACAUCACUGCGCUCUGUUGUCAUCCAAUGGGAGAACGGUGACCGCAAUUCUGGUACAACUAAUGCAGUUGCUCCUUCCCUUGCCCAAGGCAAAAUCGAAUUCAACGAAUCCUUUAAGCUUCCCCUCACCUUGAUCAAGGAUGCUUCUGCUCGGAACAAGCCUGCUGAUCUUUUCUUCAAGAACCUCUUAGAGCUCAACUUAUACGAGCCUCGCAGAGAGAAAACUCAUCAGCUUUUGGCUACUGCCACCAUUGAUUUGGCUGAUUACGGUAUUCUCAAAGAUGCUUUGACCGUAUCUGCUCCCAUGAACAGUAAGAGAAGCUACCGGAAUACCACUCAGCCUGUUCUCUUCCUCACUAUCCAACCCGUUGAUAGACGCCGCCCCAAGACCGGUGGUGGAUCUGUUUCUGCCUUGAUGAAUGAGGAAUACUACAAGGAAGCUGAGAUUGCAUCCAUCACAGAUGAUGACGUUUCCUCCCACUCCUCCUUGACGGUUUCAUCUUCAACUUUAGAGUCUAACGGUGGUUUCUCUGUGCGAACCGAAGAGGAAGAACAUGAGAGGGUAAACAAGACUUCUAAAGGAAAUGGCCACGAGAGAUCACAAUCAGCAUCAGAGAGCAGACAAGGAGAAAUUGCUAACCAGACUCCGUCUCGCUCCUCCUCAAUAGAUCUGUCUUCUGUGUUUCAUCUCCCAUCGGACAUUCCUAUUCCUGCACCCAACACUUCUGUGUCUGGGCUGGAGGACUGUGAGAAUGUCUUUGUAACCGAUAUUAACGAGAGCUCUAAGCUGGUAAACAGCCUUCCACACAAUAACGGAGAGACCAAGUCUGUGCCUUUUCAAGUUGAUGAUCCAGCAGGUAACGCUUCGCCUAGAGCUUCUGACGAUAGUCAAGAUAUGAUCAGUGAUCAGGAAUCAGAGACUGUAGUUGAGAAAUCCAGAAAGGUGAAGUCUGUUCGGUCAUCCCUGGAUAUUUCCCGGAGCAAUAGCCGGUUGAGUCUAUCCAGUGAACGAAAAGAAACUAAGGUGUAUCCAAAGUCCACCCGCGACACAACUUUGGAGAGCAAAGUCAAGAACUUGGAAAAUAAAGUAAAGAAGCUUGAGGGUGAGUUACGUGAGGCUGCAGCAAUAGAAGCAGCUCUCUACUCCGUGGUUGCAGAGCAUGGAAGUUCAUCAAGUAAAGUCCAUGCGCCUGCUAGACGUCUUUUGAGGCUGUAUCUUCAUGCUUCUAGAGAAAACCAUCUCUCAAGAAGAGCCAAUGCAGCUAAAAGUGCUGUCUCCGGGCUAGUUCUUGUCGCCAAAGCGUGUGGAAACGAUGUCCCCAGGUUGACAUUUUGGUUGUCAAACACUAUUGUUCUGAGGACGAUCGUAAGUGAUACUAGUGCAGGAGAGGAGUUGCCUGUUUCUGCUGGCCCUGGAUCAAGGAAACAGAAGGUUGAAAGAGAAACCGACAAACAAUCGUCCUUGAAGUGGAAAGAUUCCCCUUUGAGGAGAAAGGACAUUGAGAUUUUUGGUACCUGGGAUGACCCUGUAACUUUCAUAGCUGCGCUUGAGAAGGUUGAAGCUUGGAUCUUCUCACGCGUGGUAGAAUCAAUUUGGUGGCAGACUUUAACACCACGUAUGCAGUCUUCAGCAGCAUCGACUAGAGAGUUUGAUAAAGCCAAUGGAUCUGCAUCAAAGAAAAUUUUUGGUAGGUCUCCGAGUUCUGUGAACCAAGAGCAAGGUGACUUCUCAUUAGAGCUUUGGAAAAAGGCUUUCAGGGAUGCUCACGAACGUUUGUGCCCUCUGCGAGCUAGUGGCCAUGAAUGUGGUUGUCUGCCCGUGCCUGCGCGUCUGAUAAUGGAACAAUGUGUGGCUCGGCUAGAUGUUGCCAUGUUCAAUGCCAUCCUUCGUGAUUCCGAUGACAAUUUCCCAACGGACCCUGUAUCUGAUCCCAUUGCAGACUCGAGGGUCUUGCCAAUUCCUUCUACAACGUCAAGUUUUGGUUCUGGAGCCCAGUUGAAAAACUCGAUAGGAAACUGGUCUAGGUGGCUCACUGAUCUGUUUGGCAUUGAUGACGAAGAUGAAGACAAUAGCGAUGAGAAUAGCUAUGUUGAUACAUCGUUCAAGACAUUCCAUCUUCUUAAGGCGUUAAGUGAUCUGAUGAUGCUUCCCAAAGAUAUGCUCCUCAACAGUUCUGUGAGAAAAGAGGUUUGCCCGAUGUUUGGUGCACCGUUGAUCAAGAGAGUGUUGAACAAUUUUGUCCCAGAUGAGUUUUGCCCUGACCCAGUUCCUGAUGCUGUUCUUGAAGCUCUUGAAUCCGAGGAGGAAGCUGAGAAGGCUAUGAUCACAAGCUACCCAUGCACUGCACCUCCUCCACUGUACUCUCCACCUUCAGGGACUUCAAUCUCCACCAUCAUUGGAGAGUUUGGACAGCCUCAAGUGCCGCAAUUAUGCAGAAUCAGGUCAUCGGUAACAAGAAAAGCGUACACAAGCGAUGACGAGCUCGAUGAGCUGAGUUCACCAUUGGCUGUUGUUGUUCUUCAACAAACGGGUUGUAAGAAGGUCAAUAAUGGCGGUGCAGAUGAGACAGUCAGGUAUCAACUUCUCAGAGAAUGUUGGAUGAACGGCGAAUGAUCAGACAUCGAUGUGUUUGGUCUUUCUGUUUUGUGACUGGUUGUAAAUGUCUGAUGUGUCAUAAAUCUUUGUUGUUGUUGGUGAUGCCAUAUUAAGUAAUAUUGGUGAUGCGAUGUAUAGAAUGUAGCACAAACUUUUGUUCAA